AUGGGUGAAGACAGAUUACACCAACUCAAAUCCUGUGGUGGCAGCGGUGAGCAUCAUGUGGUAAGGUCCCCCAUGCUUGAAGCAGCACAGGAAUCUGCCAUUAGAUCAAACGAAGUCACUGCUCAAAUCACUCAUCAUCCUGUGGGGGUCUUGGAAAUCAUCAAUGAUCAGGAGACAAAGAACUUCCGCUUAGGGGUGCUUCUUAUAAUCCUUGCUUUGGCUACGUGGAUAGGUGGGUUGGAAUUGAUUAAUGUGGUGAUGAAGGGGGGCAGUUUCGAUAAACCGUUCUUAAUCUCAGUUGUCACAGGCACAUGUUUCAGUCUUAAUUUCCUUCCAGAUGUCUUUUACUACUUGAAACGGAGGUUAUGGAGGCAUCCCAAUAACAAAACUGCAGUUAUCGGUGGUGAAAACCAGCUUUUACUCUUCAAAGAUUCAACGGAAGAUCCUUGGGAGGCCGUGGUGGAAGAUAACUUUAAACAUAACCAACCAAUAGAAUUGACUAGAUUUGAAGUGCUUACAUUGGCACUCCAAAUCGCUUUAAUCUACUAUUCCUACAAUAUUUCUGUCAUGUGCAGCUUGAGAUUCACUUCGGCUUCAAACCAAACAGUCAUUGGGUCUACUACUUCUAUAUUCACGUUAUUCAUUGGUGUAGGAAUGGCUACCGAUAAGUUUAGCUUCAAGAAGGUGGUGUGCGUAUGUGUGAGUUCUGUUGGUGUGUUUCUUGUUAACAUUAGUCAAUCUAAAGUUGGUGGGAACAAUAAUAGUGGUGAUAAUGGGGGGAACAUAUUUCAACCUAAAAACCCUUCAUUGGGCAACUUUUUUGCCCUUAUUGGUGCCUUUACGUAUGCCAUUUAUCUCUUGAUCAUGAAGAUCAAAUGUGGAACCGGUAAUAAGACCACCAAUGAACGAAGACUCUUUGGUUGGGUGGGUGUAUUCUCGUUUCUUGUGGGGUUACCUAUGCUUUAUAUAGUGGAUAAGAUUGGACUUGAACCAUUUGAAUUACCUCCUGAUGCUGCAACAGGUUGGCUGAUUAUUACCAAUGGAGUCUUCUCGGUGAUCUCCGAUUUCGCUACUAUUUGUGCCAUGUUAUUAACUAGUCCCUUAGUGACAUCAUUAUCAUUAACUUCUUGCAUUCCCAUCACUAUUUUCAUAGAUUAUUUGAUCAUGAGUAUCACAGGAGACGGUAAAACCAAUUUAAAUUUGGUUUAUCUUUUGGGGAUUUCUUCCAUACUAAUUUCGGUGAUCUUAAUUAAUGUUAAUGUUACUUCAGAACAUGAAUUAAUUGAAGAUGCCAUUGAAGAAGCCUUGGAAGAAGCAAUCAAAGAUGAUGAAAUCCUCUCGCCUAUUUUAUCACCUUUAUUAGGUACUUCAGCUUCUGCUUCAUCAUCAGCAUUGACCUUGAAAUCUCCAACCGAGUUCCUAAAGAAGAAGUUCGAUGCGAACAGAGGAUUACAAUUCUCUCCAAGAUUUAAUUCCAUUACCAGACCUCAAUCCCCUUCCCCGGUCCCAUUCCUGCUUAGUUCCGAAGAGGAUGGAACAAAUCCAAACCACUCAAAGAAUUUGUACACGGUGGAAAAUGAAGAGGUUGAAAAUCCAGAUGGUAAUAGAACACCAGAUGGGCAUAGACCUGCUUAUUUGGUUUAUAGUGGGGGGAACCAUAAGUAUCAUGUUAGACAAGUGCAAUCUCCUCAGAUUGGACCCAGUAGUGGUAGAUGA